UUGACACCGGAUAUGGUUUCUCUUUCUUUUUCCGCCUGGGCUUCUCUGCUUGGCACACGAGUGCUCGCCUAUUCUCUUUUUACGGGAAAAACAACCCGGAGCUCAACGGCACCGGCUAAGUUGCAAAAAUGAAACCCAUCCUGCUCCAGGGCCAUGAGAGGUCCAUCACUCAAAUUAAAUACAACAGGGAAGGAGACCUGCUUUUCUCUGUAGCCAAAGACACGGUAGCCAACGCGUGGUACUCUGUCAAUGGCGAAAGGCUUGGCACCUACAAUGGACACACUGGAGCUGUUUGGUGUGUUGACUGUGACUGGGAUACUAAAAAUGUGUUGACGGGGUCAGCAGACAACAGCUGUCGACUGUGGGACUGCGAAACUGGUAAACAGCUGUUCCUACUCCAGACCAGCUCAGCUGUCAGGACAUGUGGCUUUGAUUUCAGCGGCAACAUCAUCAUGUUCUCCACAGACAAGCAGAUGGGCUACCAGUGCUACCUCAACUUCUUUGACCUUAGGGACCCUCAGCAGAUCGAGGACAACCAGCCCUACCUGUCAAUACCUUGCAGCGAUUCAAAGAUCACCAGUGCUGUUUGGGGACCUCUUGGAGAAUUUGUCAUUGCUGGGCAUGAGAAUGGAGAGAUCAACCAGUUCAGCGCCAAGUCGGGGGAGAUCCUGAAGAAGGCGAAGGAGCACACCAAGCAAAUCAACGACAUCCAGUCGUCGGUGGAUCUCACCAUGAUCAUCAGUGCCUCCAAGGACAACAGUGCCAAGCUCUUCGACUCUACAUCUCUGGAUCACAUCAAGACCUUCAAAACGGAAAGACCUGUUAAUUCCGCUGCCAUCUCCCCCAUCAUGGAUCAUGUGGUGAUGGGAGGAGGACAGGAAGCCAUGGAGGUCACAACUACCUCCACUAGGAUUGGAAAGUUUGAGGCCAGGUUCUUCCAUGCAGCCUAUGAAGAGGAGUUUGGAAGGGUCAAAGGUCAUUUUGGCCCUAUAAAUUGUGUGGCAUUCCAUCCUGAUGGCAAAAGUUACAGCAGUGGAGGAGAGGAUGGAUAUGUAAGGAUUCACUACUUUGACCCACAGUACUUUGACUUUGAGCUGGAGGCAUAAAUAUCCUGGCCCAUCAACUCCACCAUGUACCAAGCCACUCAGACUGGACUUUACGCACGGCUCUCGUUUCCCACUAUUGCAUUUAAUCUGGUUCCAAUUAAUUUGAAUUGCGGUAUUGUUUGCAGCCAUUCCACCAAUAACCAUAAAGCAAUAUACAAA